CUGUUCAUCGUUUGCAUUCUGUCUGAAAUGGAACACAUAAUGUUUGCAUUAAUAACUUCCGGCGUUUUAGCUUUGUCGUUUGUUUUAGCUACAGUUUUAAGAUAUAAAUUCAUAUCCAAGAAAAAAUCUCUACUUGGCCGUCAUGUUAUAGUUACUGGAGGUUCAAGUGGUAUUGGUAAAUGCAUUGCAUUGGAGGCUGCUAAGAUAGGAGCAAAUGUAACUAUUGUCGCAAGAAAUGAAAAUAGACUUAGUUUAGCAUUGGAAGAAAUUAAAGGACAAUGUUUAAAUAAUUCUCAAAAAUUCAACUAUUUGUCUGUUGAUUUAGCGGGUGACUACAGUGUGGUGAAAACAGCUUUCAAUGAUGCAAUUGGUGAGAUGGGACCAUUAUAUUUGUUCAUAAAUUGUGCUGGUAUGGCUAUAUGUGGAACAUUAGAAGAUGUUUCCACCAAUGACAUUAUGAAAAUGAUCAACACUAAUUUGAUAUCUACAAUCCAAGCAACUAAAGCAAUAGUGAAUGAAAUGAAACAAAAUGGUUUUGGAAGUAUUGUAAUAACUUCAUCUCUGGCAUCUUUCUGUGGUAUUUAUGGUUUAAGUGUUUACUCUGCCACAAAAUUUGCAUUGAGAGGGUUUGCUGAAGCUUUAAGCAUGGAAACAAAAAACUUCGGAGUAAAAGUGACGUUGGCCUUACCUCCAGAUACAGAUACUCCGGGGUAUGCUAACGAGUCAAAAAACAAACCACUGGAAACAUUAUUGAUAUCAGAAACAGCCAACUUGUUUACACCAGAAGAAGUAGGAAGAAAAAUUCUUCAAGACACAUUAAAUGGACGAUUUUUUAGUACUGUUGGUUUUGAAGGUCACAUGAUGACUAUUUCUUGUGCUGGAAUGGCUCCAUACACUUCUUAUAUAGAAUUAAUAUGUCAGGUUUUUUGUGGUGGCAUUAUACGAUUGAUAACUGUUUACUAUCAAUCUACAUUUGAUAAAAUAAUUAAAAAAUGUAAAUUAGAUAGAGAACACAUAAAAAAUAAUAAAACAUAAUAUAUAUAUAUAUAUAUAAAAAAGUAACAACUUUUAUCUUCCAUCUAUACUUUUAUGUUUUUGUUAAUAAAUAUUUCUUAUCAUUACCAUUGUUGAAUAAACGGUUUUGAAUGUUU